AUGGCUACUUCAGUUUUCAUGGUAUGUGAUCAUGAAACCAACACUAAUGGGUCUGAGACGCCAAUGCCUGAAAUGGUCAAACAGAGUGGAAGAAAGAAGUCCAAGUCCAACGAGACUACUCAGAAGAAGCAGCCCCAGAGAGGUAUGGGCGUGGCUCAGCUUGAACGGCUCAGAAUGCAAGAGUGGAAGAAAAUGACUCAGACCACCCCACAAACCCCACUUCACUCUAUGAAUCUCCAAAACAACGUCUUUCUUCCUUCUUCAUUUGCUGGUCCAUCGGCCAUGGCCGGUGUUCCGAUACAGUUUGCUAAGUAUGGUGGCUAUGGCGUCAUGAAUGGUUUUGGGCAGUCAAGUUUGAGCCAGACUUUGUCGCUUCAAAGGCUUGGACAUGGCGGGUUUCAUGGACCGGUGGGUGGUUCUUCUGUUUCAGGGUUGGUUUCUGAUCAGUUUGAGUUGGAUCCGUACGGCGUUGGAGCUCCAAACUCGAGCUUUCUGGUUGGGAAUGCCGUGGAGACCUCGAAAGAGCUCUCUUCAAUGCCAAACAUAAAGGGUUUCUCUGAACAUUGUGGUGUUUGCCACAAGAAAAAGCGCAUGAAUGGUGAAAAUUUGGGCUGUAAGGGAGUGAGAAACAUGUCAGCAGCCAGGUCCCCGAUCAACGGGUGUAGUUUUGCAGGAUUCAAUGCUGAAACCAAACAAAACAAAAGUGAAGGGAGUCAAGAUUUCUUCAUGAAAGCAUUUGGCCAGGCCGGUUAUGCAGAUCAAAAUACUGGGAAGGAGUUGGAAGUGGUGGCAGUCCACAGGAAGGAAAGUUUGGGUGGUCGAGGCAUGUUCAUGGAGUAUGAAUUCCUUCCGGGGAAUGGUGGCAGGGGCACUUCUUUCAAGGAGCUGACCAGUCUCGGUUCAGAAUCUUCUUCAGUUAAUGCAGCAGUGGGUGGUGGUGAAGCUUCUUGUGUCACUGCUACAACUAGUUCUACUGAUGUUGGUCUUGAUGCCUCUACUUCCAUUGAUUUGUCUCUCAAGCUUUCUUAUUAG